AUGUUGAAGUAUCAUAUGCGAGGAUAUAGUGGGUAUGGAGUACAAUAUUCGCCCUUUUUUGAUCAUAGGUUGGCCGUAGCUUCGGGCUCUAAUUUCGGCUUAGUUGGUAAUGGGAAAUUGUAUAUCUUGGAUAUCGAUAACCAAGGAAGAAUGCUGAAAAGCAAGUCAUUUCUCACACAAGAUGGUCUUUUUGACGUUGCCUGGAAUGAAUUACAUGAAAAUCAGGUUCUUGUCGCUCAAGGAGACGGGUCCCUUCGACUUUUCGAUACUUUACUGAAUGAAUACCCGAUUGCCAUCUUUCAAGAGCAUGAGAAAGAGGUGCUAAGUUGUAACUGGAAUUUACUGAACAAGCAUCUGUUUGUAAGCAGCUCAUGGGAUGGCUCGAUCAAAAUCUGGACUCCGGCCAGAAAUACUAGCAUGGCAACACUUAUACCUAAAUCCAUGAAAAGGGAAAAUACCCUCACUCCUCACCGCGACGUGCCAAUGUCUAAUCAGCGACAGCACAAUUCGCUUUCUAAAAACAAGAGCUGUAUAUACCAAGCGCAAUUUUCACCUCACGACCCCAACGCCAUCAUGAGCUGUUCCGGAAACUCUUACGUUACGCUCUUCGAUCUACGCCAGCCAUCCUCUUCCGGCCAGUAUAGUUUCCUGGCACACGGCGGCAUGGAGACCCUAACAUGCGACUAUAACAAAUACAGGCCUUAUAUUGUAGCCACCGGCGGUGUGGAUAACAUGAUAAAAAUAUGGGACCUGCGAAUGGUGCGCAAAAUGAGCAUGCACUCGCGACAGCCCAUGAGCGUAAACGAGGUCAGUGGACAUGAUCUGGCUGUGAGGAAAGUCUCUUGGUCACCGCACCACUCGGACAUGUUUCUUUCCACGUCCUACGACAUGACCUGCAAAGUAUGGCAGGACGUCAGUACAGACGGCCGUAGGCCGACAGGCAAGACCAACAGCGUGGACCCAGCCAAGGGCUGUCGAUUCGUGUUUCCCCACCAUAGCGAAUUUGUGUUUGGCGCGGACUGGAGCAUGUGGGGACAGCCGGGCUACAUUGCGUCCACAGCAUGGGAUGGGGACGUCUGCGUAUGGUACGCCUUCAGUAGGUAG